AUGUUAAAUAACACGGAAAUUCGUAUUGAUGAUAAUGAGAUUUAUUGGUGUCAUUUUUUUCUUCUUCUCAAUAGAAAUAUUUCAAAAUAUGGUAUGGGUCUUAUUUGGAUUGUGGGAAAUAUUGGAUCAACAAUGAAUUGUUUUAUUUUUCUUCAAUCAAAUUUACGAAAAAAUCCAUGUGUAAUGUAUUUUCUAGCGUCAAGUGCUUCACAAUUUCUAACAUUUAAUUUUGCUCUCCUCACAAGAAUACUUCAAUUUGGUCAUAAUAUUCAAGCAGUAAAUACAUAUUUAUGGUUUUGUAAAAUUCGUUAUUAUCUUUUCUAUGUAUUUGUUGCCAUUCCACGUUAUUAUAUUAUAUUGGCAUCAAUUGAUCGUUAUUUUGCUAGUUCUUCUGAUAUCAAUCGACGUCGAUGGAGUUCACCAAAAAUUGCUUUACGUUUAAUUAUUGGUAAUAGUUUAUUUUGGUGUUUAAUGUAUAUUCAAGUUUUAAUUUUUUAUGAAAUUGACAAUAAUGAUUGUUCAUUUCGAAAUGGUAUUUAUGGAAUGUUUUUUAGUAUUUAUAUAAUUAUUGAUAGUGGAAUAUUUCCAUUAGCUAUAAUGCUUAUAUGUGGUCUACUUACAAUUAAUAAUAUUCGAAAAAUAAAAAGUAGAAUAAGACCAUUAAGAGUAGUUGUCGUAAUUCAACCUGUUCGAUUAGCGAGAAUAUCAAGAAAAGAUUUACAAUUUUCAAGAAUGUUAUUGAAUCAAAUAUGUAUUUGGAUUAUUUUAAAUUUAAUUAAUCCCUGUUAUCUACUUUAUCGAACAUUAACAGAUAAUAUUAUAAAAUCACCUCUUCGUUUAACAAUUGAAUUACUUAUUAAUAAUAUGUCUUAUUUUUUAAUAUAUCUGGGAUUUUCUUUAACAUUUUUUGUGUAUACUUUAUCAUCAUCGAUGUUUCGACGAGAAUUUUAUCGAUUAAUUCGGAGGAAAUUAUUACAUCAUUUUAUAUAA